UAACAUUUUGCAGCAGAAUGUUUGGUUUUAUGAAACUACUUUUCAAAUAUCGACUUGCAUUCAUAUUAAUCAUUAUAGCCGUGUUGGUUAAACUCUAUCAGAAAGAUGUUGUGCAGCUCUUACAAAUCGCAGCUGAGCGCUAUUUGAAUAUCGCCGCCAAUAAGCAGACGGACAGCGUCUCCGUGCAGUUCACAGAUACACGCGGCAACCUCUACACACCGGAGCAGCUGGCCACGUACAAUGGCGAGAAUGGAGCAGCCAUCUAUUUGUCGCUGCUUGGCGCCGUCUUUGACGUUUCACGUGGCCUAAAGCACUACGGACCCGGCUGCAGUUAUAAUUACUUUGUUGGUCGCGAUGCUUCCGUUUCGUUUGUGAGUGGAGAGUUCGAGCACUACGAUCCGAAGACGGCUGAUGACGUGCUCAGCCUGAAGCCCAGCGACCUGAUCGAGCUGGCCAAGUGGCAACAGUUUUACGAGAAGGAAUACACAUAUAAAGGCAAACUUAUUGGACGCUUCUAUGACGAAGAAGGCAAGUCGACCGUCUACCAUCAGAAAUACCUUGCACUGCUGGACCAGGCACAGAUAGCCAAGUCGCAAGUAGAUGAGCUGCGCAACAGAUAUCCUGGCUGUAAUAUCGAGUGGUCCGAGGCGAAAGGCACACGCGUCUGGUGUACCACAACAAGCGGCGAUGGCAAGAAGCGCGAUUGGCCCGGCUAUCCACGCAAGCUAUAUGAUCGUGACAAUAAGAAUUUUCAUUGCGCCUGCGUGCCCGAAGCGGAGUUAAAUGAUCCAAUGUUCAAAUCAUAUGAGAACUGUGCGUUUCGCUCGGAGGAAUGUUUUUAUCGUGUCUGAAUAUUGUACAUAUAUCAAUGUUAUUAUAGCUUAUGGCUUCAAGUUGUGAACAAAAUACAAUACUAAUAUACACUACAUCUAAAACUUUUAUUUAAUUAAUUAAUUUAUUUAAAUCAUUGUCUUAAAUUAUAAUUGCGAGCCUCAGUUUAUAUGUAUGUAUGUACGUGCUAGUGUGCGGUGUUCCAAUAUCUACAACUUUGCCUUGAACUCAAUUUUCAAUAUUUAGAAAUAUGUAUGUAUAUAAAAUGUACUCGAGUUUUAAUUAAAAUGAAAAUGCAUUAUUUUUUGCUAUGAAUUUAGUGACAUUUUUUCGCAGAACUUUUAGAGCUAAAUCUUAGAAAUUUAUUUAAGAUCUAUUACAUAUUUUAUUUUAUAAUUUUGCUA